AUGGCCCCCAAGAGAAAGUCCACCGACGCGGCGGCCGACGUCGCAUCCAAAAAGACCAAAGCCAGCACCGACAAUGCUACCGAUAAUGCUCCUGACAAUACUCCCGAGAACGCCACCGAGAAGCCCCAGGUUCCUCGCAGCAAGCGCUGGUCAAAGGGUCUUUCUGGCUCUGCAAACGCUGACACGGAAUUCCGCACGAUAAUCGCACGCAAUCCCGACUCUCUCUGGAAGUUUGCCUGUCAGUGCCGACAAAUUGUCGGAUCGGAUGACGACGACGAGGAGGAUGAAGAUGAGGACGGCGAAGAUGAAGGCGAGGGCGAGGGUGAGCCCAAGAAGACUGAUGAUCUCCCUCCAUGUGAUGGAGGAAAGACCUGCCUUUGCCAAAAGCCAAUCGAAGAACAUCCUGACCACCCAUACUCUUUGUCCCUGGGAGGCAUUCAGAAGUUCACUACGACUUCCAUCCUCUGCGAUCUACGUAACCCGGACAUGUUCGACAUGUACCUCUACAACGACUUCUACGGCUACGGGUUGGUGGAAGUGCUUGGCAACUUGCUCCUCGAUUUCGAGGAAGCCAAGGAUGACUGGAAACAACAGUGGUACAUCUGCGAGGCCGUGAUGCUGUUCUUCUUUCGCUACGACCCUGCCGCUUUGUUCAUGAUCGAUGAUGGCGAUGGCUUAGACAUGUUCCUUCAUGCCGUUCGAACCAUGUUCCUCGCGAUGAUGGCAACCCUCGAGCGCCUCGACCUCCUGAAACCCGACUCUGAGAUCAAGAAUAUUGGUAUGGUCAUGGGCUUAGCUAUCCGCCUCGAUGCGUUCGCGGAAGACAAUGAGGGCACCGAGGACCUCCCCAAAUAUCUGUAUGCGUAUGCCGCGAAGCACAAUAUUGUCCUUCGUGAUGUGCCAGAGGAUAGUGAGCUGGAGGAACCAGUGCCUGCGACCGGCAAGGGAGCUGAAGCAGCUCAGGAAAGAACAAACACUGGGGGAGACCAAUUCGACAUAACCACCAUGUCUGCACCACAGCGCAAGAAGGCCCAUUUUGAUCGCAAAGAUCCGCUGGAUAAGGAGGCGAUUAAGGCACUCAAGGAAGGCUUGGUCAUGCAGAUGCUGUAA